UCAGAACAGAGGAGCAUAAAAGCAGAAGGCAGCGCCCUAGCCCAUCCAUCUGCCGAAGCGGUUCUUUCGGAGGCCUGAGACACCUGGAACAUUCUGGCAUGGGGCUGCGGCCAGGCAUCUUCCUCCUGGAGCUGCUGCUGCUUCUGGGGCAAGAGACCACGCAGAUCCAUAUCUCUCUUGGAAAAAAUACAUUGGAAGGACAGCCAGGGCCAGAGACCCUGAAGAAUUUGCCAUUCCUAUGCAACCCAAAGGAGUUAGGAUUGAAUGUACCGUCCAGCUCAGUUCACUCUCUGAAGCCUUCUGAUAUUAAAUUUGUGGCAGCCAUUGGCAAUCUGGAAGUUUCCCUGGACCCAGAGUUGGUUGACCUGGAGAAGCAAAAAUGGACUGAAAAAAGGCCACAGCAGGCAUGCGUGGAAGUGAUGACAGUCCUUGCAGACAUCAUCAGACAUUUCAAUCCUGCUGUCCUGGUGCCCACGUGCCCCCCUCCCGGGAAGAGGAAUACAUCCCAGGAUGGUGCUAAAGACUUGUGGAUUCAGGCUCAAGAGCUGGUGAGCGGCAUGAAAGAGAACCGGCAACUUGACUUUCAACUGGACUGGAAGCUCAUCAAUGUGUUCUUCAGUAACACUAGCCAGUGUUACCUGUGUCCCUUUGCCCAACAGCAGAGGCACGUGGCGGGCGUCAUGGGCGAGCUGACGGCGGUGCUGGACUACCUGCAGCAGGAGGUCCCCAAAACAUUUAUAAACCUGGUGGAUCUCUCCAAGGUGGCAAAGGUCUCUCCCUGGCUGCAGGGGACUCAGCUCAGCCCCACAGCAGAGCCCUGCAGUUGCCCGGAGGAGACCUCCACGCUGGCCAAGAUCCUAAAGCAGUGGUCCUACCAGGAAGCCUGGGAAAGCCUCCUGGCCUCCAGCAAGUACAGCGAGCAGGAGUACUUCACCGUGGUUUUCCAGCCUUUCUUCUAUGAGACCACCCUGUCGCCGCCCUUGGAGGAGCCUCUGCUCCAGGACCCCACCCCGCUCGCCUGGAGUCUCUGGAACAGGAUGAUGGAGCCAGCAGGCCAGAAAGCCGAGCCGCUCAAUGCAAAAGAGUGGCGGCCAGUGAAAUGUCCCUCUCAGGAGAGCCCCUACCUGUACACCUACAGGAACAGCAACUACCUGGCCAGACUGUCAAAACACCAAGGGAAGCUGGAGGUAAGAGAAGGAUCGGAAAUCAGAUGUCCUGACAAGGACCCUUCCGACGCGAUUCCCACCUCAGUUCAUAGGCUGAAGCCGGCUGACAUCAAAGUAAUUGGAGCACUGGGUGACUCUCUCACGGCAGGCAAUGGGGCCGGGUCCACGCCUGGGAACAUCUUGGACGUGCUGACUCAGUACCGAGGCCUGUCCUGGAGCGUCGGCGGCGACCAGAACGUCAGCAGCGUCACCACCCUGGCCAACAUCCUCCGGGAAUUCAACCCUUCCCUGCAGGGCUUCUCUGUUGGCACGGGGAAAGAAAACAGUCCUGGAGCCUUCUUAAACCAGGCUGUGGCAGGAAACCGAGCUAAGGACUUACCUGUCCAGGCCAGGAGGCUGGUGGACCUGAUGAAGAAUGACACGAGGAUACAUUUUGAGGAUGACUGGAAGAUAAUAACCCUGUUUAUAGGUGGGAAUGACCUCUGUGAUUCCUGCGAUGACCCGGUCCAGUAUUCUCCCCAGAACUUCACUGACAACAUCAGGAAGGCUCUGGACAUCCUUCACGCUGAGGUUCCUCGGGCGUUCGUGAAUCUGGUGAAGGUGCUGGAGAUCACCUCCCUGCGGGAGCUGUACCAGGACACUAGAGUCUACUGCCCAAGGCUAAUCCUCAGGUCUCUGUGUCCCUGUGUCCUGAAGUUUGAUGAUAACUCAACAGAACUUGCCUCUCUCAUCGAAUUGAACAGGAAGUAUCAGGAGGGGACUCACCAGCUGGUUGAGAGUGGACGGUACGACACGAGGGAAGAUUUCACUGUGGUUGUGCAGCCGUUCUUCGAGCACGUGGACAUGCCAAAGACCUCGGAGGGACUGCCUGACAGCUCUUUCUUCGCUCCUGACUGUUUCCAUUUCAGCAGCAAGGCUCAUGCCCGUUCAGCCACUGCCCUCUGGAGAAACAUGCUGGAACCUGUUGGCCAGAAGACAACACAGCAUAAUUUUGAAAACAAGAUCAAUGUCACGUGUCCGAGCCAGGUCUGGCCAUUUCUGAGCACCUACAAGAACAGCGUGCAGGGCCAUGGGACUCGGCUGCUGUGCAGGGACAGAGCCCCUUCAGCCUCAACCCCCACCUCAGUGCACGCCCUGAGACCCGCAGAUAUCCAAGUUGUGGCUGCUCUGGGGGAUUCUCUGACCGCUGGCAGUGGAAUCGGCUCGAAACCAGGUGACCUCCUCGAUGUCGCCACACAGUAUCGGGGACUGUCAUUUAGUUCAGGAGGGGACGGCUCCCUGGAGAAUGUGACCACCUUACCUAAUAUCCUUCGUGAGUUUAACAGAGACCUGACAGGCUACGCGGUGGGCACGGGCCAUGCCAAUGACACGAAUGCGUUCUUCAAUCAAGCUGUGCCCGGAGCGAAGGCUGAGAAUCUUUCGAGUCAAGCCUGGACUGUGGUGCAGAAGAUGAAAGAUGACCAUAGAGUAAAUUUCUACCAAGACUGGAAGGUCAUCACCGUGCUGAUCGGAGGCAACGAUUUGUGUGACUUCUGCACAGAUUCGAAUCUGUAUUCUGCAGACAACUUUUUUGACCGUCUCCGCAAUGCCUUGGACAUCCUACAUAGAGAGGUGCCCAGAGCCCUGGUCAACCUCGUGGACCUCAUGGACCCCAGUGUCAUCCGUCAGGUGUUCCUGGGAAACCCAGACAAAUGCCCAGUGCAGCAGGCCAGCGUUUUGUGUAACUGCGUUCUGACCCCGCGGGAGAACUCCCAAGAGCUGGCCAGGUUGGAGGCCUUCACCAGAGCCUACAAGAGCAGCAUGCGGGAGCUGGUGGAGUCAGGCCGCUACGACACGCGGGAGGACUUCUCCGUGGUGCUGCAGCCCUUCUUCCACAGCGUCCUGCUGCCCGUCCUGGCGGACGGGCGCCCGGAUACAUCCUUCUUCGCCCCAGACUGCAUCCACCUGAGUCAGAAGUUCCACUCCCAGCUCUCCAGGGCCCUUUGGGUCAAUAUGUUGGAACCACUCGGAAGCAAAGUGGACACCCUGAACCUGGCAGCAGAGAUCCCCCUCACCUGCCCCACGCAGAAUGAGCCCUUCCUGAGAACCUUCCGGAACAGUAACUACACAUACCCCACCAAGCCAGCCAUUGAGAACUGGGGCAGUGACUUCCUGUGUAUGGAGUUGAAUCCUUCCGAUGGCAUCCCAACCUCUGUCCAUGAGCUCCGACCUGCAGACAUCAAAGUAGUGGCUGCCCUGGGUGAUUCGCUGACUACAGCAAUGAGAGCUCGACCAGACAACUUCAGUGACCCCCCCACAUCCUGGAGGGGACUGUCUUGGAGCAUUGGAGGGGACGGAGUCUUGGAGACCCACACCACGCUGCCCAACAUUCUGAAGAAGUUCAACCCCUACCUCCUUGGGUUCUCUACUGGCACCAGGGAGGAGACCAUGGGACUGAACGUAGCAGUGGAAGGCGCCAGAGCUCGGGACAUGCCAGCCCAGGCCCGGGACCUAGUGGAGCGAAUGAAAGCCAGCCCUGAAAUCAGCCUGGAGGAAGACUGGAAGCUGGUCACACUCUUCAUUGGUGCCAACGACUUGUGUCAUUACUGCAAGUCUCUGGAGGCCCAGGCAGCCCAGGAGUACGUGCAGCACAUCCAACAGGCCCUGGACAUCCUCUACGAGGAGCUUCCGAGGACUUUCGUCAACGUGGUGGAGGUCGUGGAGCUGGCCAGCCUGCACCAGGGCCAAGGCGGGAAGUGUGCCACGCUGGAAGGGGAGAGCAACUGCACUUGCCUCCAAUACGCUCAAAACUCCCUGGAGAUGCAAGAACUGAAGGAAGUGAACUGGAACUUCCAGAGUGGCGUCUCCAGGUUCUCCUACUGGCAUGGGAACCGGCAGCGGGAGGACUUCGCGGUUGUGGUGCAGCCUUUCUUCCAGAACACUCUCGCCCCACUGAACGAGAGAGGGGACCCUGACCUCACCUUCUUCUCCGAGGACUGUUUCCACUUCUCAGAGCGGGCCCAUGCGGAGAUGGCCAUCGCACUCUGGAACAACAUGCUGGAACCAGUGGGCCAUAAGACGACCUUCAACAACUUCACCCACAGCCGAGCCAAGCUCAAGUGCCCCUCUCCUGACAGCCCUUACUUCUACACCCUGCGGAACAGCCAGCUACUCCCAGCCCAGGCUGCAGAAGCCCGCGAUGUGUCCUACUGGGCCGUGCCAGUGGCAGCAGGAGGUGGCCUUGUGUUGGGCGUGGUCAGCGCCGUGGUCUGGCAGGGUGUGAGAGGUCGCCGGAGGCAAGGGCCUCAAUGAGCCCACACUCCACCAGCCCGCCCGCCUCCGGCACUCCUGGCCACCAAGACAGACUUGCGUCAACACCUGGCGACACAGGCAGCCAAGGAGACAGUCACGACUUCUUGGUUCCUGGGCUUCUUCCAGGCCUGUGCUCCUGGAAUAGGCAAAUCUAAAUAAAAUCCAAAGCCCUUUCAUUCUCAGGUUAGCCUGCUUGAAGCACUUGCCUUCCAUCUGCCGGCAGCGCAGGUGGGGGAGCUGGAGCCUUUGGCGGCCUGCCCCCGCAGAGCUGCCCAGGCCAUGGCAGACCAGAUGGCCCGUCAGGCUCCGUCUCACACCACCAUGGGCAUAUCCUCAGUCUAAAAACCCACUGCUUCAAAGGCAGAAAAAGUUCUGGUCACCACCAGGUGCUCGCUGGAAUUGUGGAGCUGGCUGGCCACCACUCAGGGCAACCCAGCACAUACCUGCUAAGCACCUGAGUUGCACCCAGGACCGUGAAGGGCACUGUGGUGCCUCCAGGGCUGUGCAUGUCACAGCCUGGCCAAGGAGACAAAUGCCUUCAAUAAACAAGAAGCCAAAUGACAGUGCUCCAGGUUUCUGAGAGGAAGCUAGAGAGAAAAUACAGGCUGCCGUUCACUUAGCCCUGCUAGGGGCAAGGCCUGGGCUGAAUGCCUGACAUAGAUUGUCUCAUUCUGCACAAAAACCCAGGGAGGGGGGUAACGAAAAGUUUUGAAAAUAGAAGUGGUGGUUGCACAACAUUGUGAAUGCACUAAAGGCCACUGGAUUGUUCACUCUAAGAGGAUUGUUUAUCAUGAGAAUUUCACCUCAAUAAAAACAAAGAUUCCAGGAAGGUAGAUGUCAUCCUCUGAAUUUUUAGUAUCUCUCUGAUCUCAAAAAGCCUGGGAUGACAAAGAACCCGAGAUAGAAUCCCAGACACACCACCUAAAGUGUGUGGCCUUUGCAGCCAACCCCUGCCCCAGCCUGAGCCCGCUUCUCAGAUUCCUCAUCUGUAAGAUUGGAGUAAUAGCACACAUUUUGCCUGUCUUACAAGCAAAAAUGAAUUGAAGCACGGCCUGGCUUUUGAGGAAGAGGAGAGACCUAGAGGCGGUUUGGGGAAUUGGGGCAGCGCUGUAUGGAUGAAGACUGCCUGCCACCUUCUCACGAAGGUCAUCAGCUUCUCUCUCUCUGAUAAAACAGCAGAGAGAACCCAGAGCCCCACACCCAGUUCCAGUGCUCUUCUGGGCUUCAGUUUCUGUACAAUGGGAAUAAUGUGCCUUCCCCCGCUUCUUCCUAUGGACUGAAAAGCGUAACUCAAUCACACACCCCAGCCCACGCUCCUGGCUUAAGACAGUGUAACAACAAAGAUAACUGAUUACAUCUAAGAGUUCAUCAUCUCCCUUUUUUUUUUUUUAUUCCUGAAAGUUUCCAUGCUUCCAGUAACUCCUACCUCAAAGCAGCAUGGAAUUCAUAACCACAUAACCCUCCCUUGGGUUGGAGAAAUUUACACUAACAGAAUAAUCCAGAAUGAAAAAUGAACAAAGUGGUCUCAGGCUGGUUAACCCAGGAACACUUGGCAGAAACAGAGAAAUCUCUUAUGGAGGGACACAACCACAAAAUAGGCCCAAAUUCCCACCAAAUACAUGAUAAAAAGCCCAAAAUUUAAAAUACGUGAGAAGCAGCUACUUGAAACUGGUGCUAUACGCCAUGUUCUUUUCCUUUAGGAAAACGUUCAGUCUAGUUAGCUCGACACCCACAGCCACACCAUGGACAAAGCUACCAAACCCUGAGCAAGCUAUGCUCUGCGGCACUCCCCACUGAGACUUCUGAGUUCAGAAAAGAAAGAUUAGGUCAAAGCCUUCAUAAAAGACAUAGAACUUUCACAGAGCUCUGAAAGAUGAGAGAUGAUUUGGUUAGAGGCAAAAUGGAAUGGGGUCAUUGAGACUGGGAAAACUCCAUGUAGACGGUUUAUAUGAUGUGCGUGGGGAACAAGAAGAAAGCCAGGAAAAUGAGGACACAGGAGCCAGGAGUGGAUUAGGGGGACACGAUGGAAUGGACAGGGAGUUAAUAGUGAUUACACUGUGAUGAUGAUUGUAAUAUUAGGCUACAUUUGACUGGGGAAUAGAAAUGUU